AAAUACAGGAUUUCCUGUUCUGCAGCCACUGUACUGGGCUGCAGAUGCCAGCAGGAUUCCAGUGCUCCGAAAACAUGUGGAAGUUUAACAAGGAGUCGCUGGGGCAGGAAUUGCUGCAAAAAUCAGUAGGCGCUAAAAGCAGAAAGCUCGCUCCUCCGGCUCUCUAGCAUGGAUGUCACCCCCCCGGAGGAUGGCACUCACAGGAAGAAACCCUCCACCCACCUUAAUCGAUCCAUGAGAGAAAAGAUUCAGCAGAGAUGGAGAGCAACGUGUCCUCUGGAAACUGUACCGACCCCCAGAUGUCCUUCCAGUCCACCCUGUAUGCAACCACGUACACCCUCAUAUUCAUCCCCGGCCUCCUGGCAAACAGCGCUGCCCUGUGGGUCUUGUGCCGCUUCAUCAGCAAGAAGAGCAAAGCCAUCAUCUUCAUGAUCAAUCUGGCCGUGGCCGACCUGGCUCACGUCCUCUCGCUGCCCUUACGCAUGUAUUACUACAUAAACCACACGUGGCCCUUCGGAAGCUUUCUUUGCCAAGUGUGCUUCUACUUGAAAUAUCUCAACAUGUACGCCAGCAUUUGCUUCCUCACCUGCAUCAGCAUCCAGCGGUACCUCUUCCUCCUCCAUCCCUUCAAAGCCAAGGACUGGAAGCGGCGGUACGACGUAGCCAUCAGCGCUGCUGUCUGGCUCUUUGUGGGAGCGGCAUGCCUACCCUUGCUCGUUGUGAGGAGCCCAGCCUUGUCCAACAGCACAAACACGUGCUUCUCGGACCUGGGGGUGAAGCAGCUGAGCCCGGCAGCCUCCAUCACACUGGUAACGGUGGCAGAGCUAUUUGGGUUUGUCAUCCCCUUCGGCAUUAUUGCCUGUUGCACUUGGAAGAUGAGGCGGUCACUGCAGGAGUGUCCAACGCAGCUGCAAAACACCAAUGAGAAGCAGAAGGCUUUGCGCAUGGUCCUGAUGUGUGCAGUAGUUUUCUUCAUCUGCUUCACUCCCUACCACAUCAACUUCCCUUUCUUCAUGAUGGUGAUAGAGAACAUCAUCCAGGACUGUGCCAUUCACAGGAGCACGCUCCGCUUCCACCCCAUCUCCCUCUGCCUGGCGAGCCUCAACUGCUGCCUGGAUCCGGUCCUCUACUACUUCAUGACCUCUGAGUUCCAGGACCAGCUGCUGCGCCACAACUGUGCCGCCCUGAGGGCUCGGUUCAUGCGCCACAGGAGCAGCUUCUCUGUCACCGAAACCAGCCACGACAUUCAUAUGAAAAAGAGAAACCUUCCACGCUUUAGGUUUUGGUCUCUCCCCAAGUUCUUUGGCCGAAUAAACAGCAUGGAAAUCCCCCCAAUGCCACCUGAUGAGCUUCUGCUGGAGUCCAUCUCUUGAAACAAAAGCCAUUCCUCUCCGUGUAGGUGCUUCUCAUAGCUUGAGUGAAGAUUGUGUUAGGUCUCCAAAAUACACCUUGCAUUACCCUUGUGUUCAGCCAGUGCCAGGAUCUGACCUACAAGGCCAUUUUCAUAACAAAAGAUGUGCUGCUCGUGUUGACGCUGUCAGGGACUGUUUGCCUUACAGUGUUCUCCCUCUGAUGGUUGUAAUACCCAAACCAGCUGUCGCUGAUGCCAGCAUUUCUCCUGUGCUGAACUGCAGCCGAGUUUGGGUCCCUUUCAUUUUUGUUGUUUCAGUGCUUCUACAUAUUCGUUAUUUUUGAAAACCCUUCUGAAUCUCAAGUUGUAAGCAGCAGCUCGGGAGGUGGCACUGGGGCAGUUUCAGCCCCUGCCUGUGGCCCGUGAUGUCUUACGGCAUCCACCACGCUCAGUGAGGCUCUUGAUCAAGACAGCUAAUUAUCUCAAUGUAAAAUGAGCCUCUUUCUGUUGCAAAAAUCAAUCAUCUUGGAUCUACUCUCACCUAAUCUGGACUGCAAGACUACAACUUUACCCAGAUAUAUCAAGAAUGAGUAUUAGCGUAUAUCCACAUCAGCAUUAAAGGGAGAUUUCACGCAAACUGGGGUCAACUCCUGCUAUUGAAAAAGGCACCCGGAGCUGAACAAGGGAGUCUGACUGCCAGGAGCUACGGGAUGCUCAACGGACUAUGUGGGAAUGAAUACUUGGAAGAGAGACUGAGGGUGGAUAUGCCAGGAGCAACGAGGAGGAGGGAUGAAGGAUGCCUCCCAGGGUGUGUCUGCUCACAGAGACCCAGAGCAGAAGGGAGGACUGGGAGCUGAUGCUGCCAUCUCUUGUGUCACUAUUAGGAGUCUUGUGUCAUUUGGUAUUCUGCUAAAGCCUGUGGUCGUACAUUAAGACAUUACCCAAGCCUCUCAGCUCUGCUUUAAAAGCCAGAAAAGGUCCCAGCCCUCACCGGGGACCGAGAAAAGUUUACACAACUGACCUGAGUGCAUCCUUAAGGCUUCAGCCUCAGGAGGAAAUAAAAUGAUCUCAACGUGUAUUUUAGC